AUGUCUGCUGAAGCCUUUUCCAAACUGACAAUCGGGGAAACAAUGGUGACGACUCGGGCAGGAGCCAGAGCGCGAACAGCACCCGUCCAACGGUCGAAUUCUUCUAGUCUUUCUUCGGCCCCGCCCUCCCUAGAAGAAGUCGAAUGCCAGUCCGUUUCGGGGAUUAAGUACGACAUCGCUGGUCUCGCCGAUGAGGUUCGCAAGCGGGCCAGACACGGCCUCAUACACCAAAAUGAUGCUAUUAAACUAAAGUACUGCAAAACGAUCUCACAUGACCCGAGCGUCUACAUGUUCUAUAUCGCGGACGAUAUAUCUCUGAGGAUGGGUGAGGGCUACGAUGCCCCUGAAUGUAGCUGUGGGGCGAAUGUAGGAGGUCUAGCAUGCAAGCACAUAUUCUGGAUGCUGGAUCGGCUAGUGAAUGCGGAAGCUCCCGACAAGUUCAAAUCCCAAACUCUGCGACUAGCCACAGAUGGAUCCACCGUCCAGAAUCUACAACCAGCGGAGAUUGUGGACAAUCAGGGCCUAGAAAAUGUUGCAAAUGACUUGGACUGCAUGUUCCAGGAUGACCGUGAAGUUGAAGAGAUAGAAGAAGAGGUCCGGGAAGAUAUUGGGAGAUUACUGUCUGUUUUUGAUCCGUCUGGCGAGCUUCCAGACGACUUUCGAAACUCUCAACCCCCAAUCCUCUCAGAGCAGGCUAGGAAAUAUCGAGAGUUCCAAGAGCUCUUCACUGAGUUCGCCAUCGAGGACCUUAGAUUAUUCGGCAGGCUUCGCUCGCUCAUUGAUCCGACUUUCCAGGCCCACGUAUUCUUUGACAAAAUCAAUGAUCGCGCGAUCCGCACGUUCAACGCACUUGAUGAAUACAUCAAGAACCCUGACUCUAUGGCUGAGAGGUAUGACGUUGUUACUUGCGCGGAAAAAUUAAGGAACUUAGUGACUCUGGUUACGGACUACCAAGCGGCGAAUGACCGUUCAAGAGAUGUGGCUAAUCGGGCGGCGGAAUCACUACUCAUCAUUCUUAACGGCGUGGUCAGCAGAAACUUCAACGCAUACGCCAACGUCACAAGUCGAAUUGUCCCUGAGGAGCCCGCAGAGAACAACCUGUUUGUCUGCUUGAUAGGAGCGCCCGCCACGGGUGGAGGCCAUUUCGUUCUGGAUACCCUAGGAGCCUUCCCGCAGGAUGAUGUUCUUAAAAACCAUUGGGAAAUGCUCCGCAACAUUAAAGAAGAACUGGAGGAUGAUACCACACCCUUUCGGGCACCCGCUUCUUUUAUAAGUACUUUCCGCACCAUUACGUCGGAAAGCAGGAAGCGAACAAACCCUGAGCCGGGGGGUAGCAGCGCGAAGAGGCCGAUGAAGUGA